AUGACUGGCGGAAAGUCCGGCGGCAAGGCUAGCGGUUCCAAGAACGCUCAGUCCCGUUCCUCCAAGGCUGGUCUCGCCUUCCCCGUUGGUCGUGUCCACCGUCUGCUCCGCAAGGGCAACUACGCUCAGCGCGUUGGUGCCGGUGCCCCUGUCUACCUGGCUGCUGUGCUCGAGUACCUCGCUGCUGAGAUUCUUGAGUUGGCUGGUAACGCCGCCCGUGACAACAAGAAGACCCGUAUUAUUCCCCGUCACCUCCAGCUUGCCAUCCGUAACGAUGAGGAACUGAACAAGCUCCUGGGCCAUGUCACCAUUGCCCAGGGUGGUGUCCUCCCCAACAUCCACCAGAACCUUCUUCCCAAGAAGACCCCCAAGGCCGGCAAGGGCAGCCAGGAGCUGUAA